UGAUGCUGAUGUGAGCGUUGGGUUUAAGUCCGUUUCCAUCACUCAUUCGCGCCUACACCCAUGUGCAUCUCUCUAUCGUAGGCUAUUCUUCGAAUGGACUCUGAGAAACAGCAUUUUCCAAUUCAUUUUUGGUUAAUUGUGAAACAUUAUGCUAAACCUGUUAAUUAUUUGUUUAAUUUAGUGCAGACAAACAGUAGUUUGGUAUUCUGGUUGCUGUGGAGAAUAAAUGGCCGAUCCAAAAAGGAGCGAGGUUCUUUAAACGAUCCAGCACGGUGUCAAUCAUUUAACUCAAUAAUUCAGCAUCAACAACCGCUCAUUGCCUGGCUAACAGAGACGAGUGCCAAAUUAGAUUUUAAAUAAAAUAAAACAUAAACAAAAGAUUCUGAAUACCAGACAUUAUUUAUUAAGAAUAAAAUGACCGAGAAUAGCAUAUCAAUUCAAUCCAUGUUCGCAAGGAAACCUGCCUGAGAAGCCUAGAAGAAGCGCCUAGGCAAGCUGAACGACGUCUCCAAGAUCCAGCGCAUCAACGCGAGGAGCACCAUUGAUAGGCUAGUGUUCUUUGGAGGCAACAUACAGUGAGUUUUGCUGUGCCACAUUGUAUACGGAGAAGGAGUCGAAGGACAGGAGGCAGCUGAUAUUGGGCAGCAGCAAUACCACAUAGGAAGAAAGCCUGCUUGUCCCCUGCCAUUCGGAAGAGGUAAGGGUGAUGAUCUGUUAAGACAAGUUUUUUUAGUUCCUGUUGGCAGAGCGCUGUUCAGAGGUGUCUGUUGAGACGUUAGACGUGAAGUGGAUUGAUCUCUGGAGCCAGCUGACUCGAAUGUCCAGACGCCGGCAUGUUACACACCCACAUUCUGAGCCUUGCCCAACUCUCCUCUACCUCCUCCAGCCUCUCCACCUCCCUCUUCCUCCUCUUCCUCCUGGGGCUUACCCACCUCUCCCAGGCUGGCUCAGACCAUGCAGCACUCAGCAGCCCGCCCAGCAACUGCUCUGAUGGAGAUCCCUGCUCUGAGGGCGUGGUCCUGCCCAUGUGGAACCCUCAGAACCCGUCAGUGGGCGACAAGGUGGCACGGGCCAUCGUCUACUUCGUGGCCCUCAUCUACAUGUUCCUGGGCAUGUCCAUCAUUGCUGACCGCUUCAUGUCUUCUAUUGAGGUCAUCACCUCUCAGGAGAAAGAGAUCACCAUCAAGAAGCCCAACGGAGAGACCACCACAGCCACUGUACGCAUCUGGAAUGAGACCGUAUCCAACCUGACCUUGAUGGCCCUAGGCUCGUCUGCCCCAGAGAUCCUGCUGUCUGUCAUCGAGGUGUGUGGCCACUCGUUUGAGGCAGGCUCCCUGGGCCCCAGCACCAUCGUGGGCAGCGCAGCAUUCAACAUGUUUGUCAUCAUUGCCCUCUGUGUGCACGUGGUGCCAGAGAACGAGACACGCAGGAUCAAGCACCUGAGGGUGUUCUUCGUCACGGCAACCUGGAGCAUCUUCGCCUACAUCUGGCUCUACCUGAUCCUGGCUGUCAUCUCCCCGGGGGAGGUGGAGGUGUGGGAGGCCGUACUUACCUUCAUGUUCUUCCCCAUCUGUGUGGUGCAGGCCUGGGUCGCGGACCGACGCCUGCUCUUCUACAAGUACAUCCACAAGCGUUACCGUGUCGACAAGGCCCGCGGCAUCAUCAUCGAGACAGAGGGGGACAGCAUGUUCACCAAGAUGGAUGUGGAGAUGGACGGCCAGGGGGGCAACUCCCACCCCCACCCCAAGGAUGUGCUGGACCACAUGCUGGAGGGGGUGGAGGAGGGUGGAGGGCUGAACUCAGAAGAGGAUGAGGCUCGGAGGGACAUGGCCCGCACCCUGAAGGAGCUGAAACAGAGGCACCCAGAGAAAGACACAGAGCAGCUGAUUGAGAUGGCCAACUACCAGGUUCUGGUCCAGCAGCAGAAGAGCAGGGCCUUCUACCGCAUCCAGGCCACACGCAUGAUGAUCGGUGCUGGGAACAUCCUGAAGAAGCAUGCUGCCGACCAGGCCAGGAAGGUGGUGAGCUGCCAUGAGGCCAGCGGACAGGAGGAGGACCCCCACACCAUCUACCUGCAGUUUGAACCCUCCCACUACCAGUGCUUCGAGAACUGUAGCUCGCUCAAGCUGUCUGUUGGGCGCCAUGGGGGCGAAAGCGGCUGCACAGUCAAGGUGGACUACCGGACAGAGGACGGAACGGCCAAUGCCGGCUCAGACUAUGAAUUUGCUGAGGGCACGCUGGUCUUCAAACCUGGUGAGACACUGAAGGAGCUGACCGUGGGGGUUAUUGAUGACGACAUCUUUGAAGAGGACGAGCACUUCUACGUGCACCUCAGCAACCCUCGCAUUGUCCACCGUGCCGAGGUGGCCAUCCUGGAGCCCAGCACCAUCACCACCACCAGCAGUAUGAGGAACCUCUCCCCCCACGUAUCCCCCAAGGCCGCCCUGGGCAACGCCCACACUGCCACGGUAACCAUCUAUGACGACGACCACGCAGGCAUCUUCACGUUUGAAGUAGAGUCAAUGAGGGUGAGCGAGAGCGUGGGCACCAUGCAGGUAAAGGUGCACCGGAUGUCCGGGGCCAGGGGUAAAGUGGCCAUCCCCUACCACACCCUGGAGGGCACCGCCAAGGCUGGGGAGGACUACGAGGAGGUGGCUGGGAAACUGGAGUUCCAGAACGACGAGACCAUGAAGCUGUUGGAGGUGAAGGUCAUUGAUGAUGAGGAGUAUGAGAAGAACAAGACCUUCAUCAUCCAGCUGGGGGAGCCUGUGCUGCUGGAGAUUGGACGGAAACACGGCGACUCCAAUGACAACAAGCCAGCAGGAACUGAUGAGGAAGAGGUGUCCAAGAUGGGCUGUCCCAGCCUAGGAGAACACACCAAGCUGGAGGUGGUGAUCGAGGAGUCCUACGAGUUCAAGAACACAGUGGAUAAGCUGAUCAAGAAGACUAACCUUGCUCUGGUGGUGGGCAGCAGUAGCUGGAGAGAGCAGUUUGUCAAUGCUGUCACUGUCAGUGCAGGUGAUGAUGAUGAGGAGGAGAGUGGGGAGGAGCGCCUGCCGUCCUGUUUCGACUACAUCAUGCACUUCCUCACAGUGUUCUGGAAGGUUCUGUUCGCCUUUGUCCCGCCCACAGAGUACUGGAACGGCUGGGCCUGCUUCUUUGUGUCCAUCUCCCUGAUUGGUGUUCUGACGGCUGUGACUGGGGACCUGGCCUCUCAUUUUGGCUGCACAGUGGGGCUCAAGGACUCUGUCACUGCCGUAGUAUUUGUGGCCCUGGGUACUUCCGUUCCAGACACCUUUGCCAGUAAAGUGGCGGCCAUCCAAGACCAGUACGCUGACGCCUCCAUCGGCAAUGUAACAGGCAGUAAUGCAGUGAAUGUGUUCCUGGGCAUCGGUGUGGCGUGGACCAUCGCGGCCGUCUACUGGAAGACCAAGGGCAAGAAGUUCCUUGUGCAGCCAGGCUCGCUGGCCUUCUCCGUCACCCUGUUCACAAUCAUGGCGUUCGUGUGCGUCCUGGUGCUGAUGUACCGCCGCCGGGCCGGGGUGGCAGGGGGCGAACUGGGGGGCCCGCGGACCGCGAAACUCCUCACCUCCCUCUUCUUCUUCUCCCUCUGGCUCCUCUACAUCAUGCUGGCCUCCCUGGAGGCCUACUGCCACGUGCCAGGCUUCUGAGAGACAGAGAGAGAGACAGAGAGAGAGAGACAGAGAGAGAUUGAAGGAGAAAGCUUGUCUCCAAUUGUUUACAUGUCUAUCCCGCUCAUUUCUGUGUACUUUUCUGAGUGUUAUGAAGUAUUUCUAUUGUUAUUAUUAUUGCUACAGUGGUUACUUGACUCUGAAGACUUCUAUCCCAUUUAGAAUGACGUGGAUGGCAGCCUUAGUCAUUCUGUUGGAAGCAUACUGGGACCAGCUAAUGACUUGAUGUAUAUCUUGGGAGGACUCAUGCCUUGAGGCGUAGCUUUGUCUAACCAGGCUGUCUGCACAAAUGAGGGGGAAAAAAUGACCCUUGACUCUUCUGAGUAUGCUCCCGUUUUGUUUAUAGCCUAUCCUGAACCCUUAGCUAUUUCAGCCCCACUGCCUCUCUCCUGCAUCUCUGCAUUCAGAUAGAGUACGGCCCUAGUAAAUCAGUCUGAAUGUCUUGGAGAUGACGCACACUGACUCAGAGAUCAGAGCCGGAUCAGAUCUUCCCUCUCCCCGUGUCUUAACGUUGGUUCCUGGUUGGCCAACUCUCGAACCCCUGAUGCCCACCAAGCACAAUCAUUCCCAUGAAGAUUCUCAGCCUCUGCCCUGAACAUUGACUACUUCCCCCACCCCCAUCCUAACCCUCUCUCUUAUUUUUCAACAACGUCAUGUGGUUGUCUUGUGGAUUUUUUGGGGGGAAAUGAUGCCAAGAUAGUAAAGAUGUUUGAAAAAUCGAAGUGUUUGUAGAUAAAACAUUGCCAUAUAUUAUCUUGGAACACGGUCUGAAAAGCGAACUUGUGAUGGGGGUUGUGAAGUGGAAGAACAACAGUUUGUAUGGUACUGCAUUAGAAUUAGUAGCCACUGAGAGCAAAAAAUAAUGUCAGAUGCCAUUCAGGAAAUGGAGAUCAGUUGAACCAAGCUGUUGCUGUUUGUUAAUAAGAUUAAUGUUCAUAUUUAUUAUCUCAAACUAUUUAUUGUAUAUCAUGUAAAAGAUAAUACUCCUGCUAGUUGUGUACAUCUGGGAGAGUGAGAUUGUGAGUGUGUUUUUUUGCAUGUAUUGAGUGAAGAAUUGAAUGAUAGAAACAUUUGGAAGUAUUGUAUGUAACAUUUUAAUAUGGCUAUCAUCAUGAGUGAAAGUCUAGAUGUGAUUCCAAGCUAAGCACAGUAAAAUAUGAGUAUCACUGCCUGGUUCCCUGACCAAGACUCUGUCUGGGGACAACCUCUUAGUCUUGUGAGGACUUCUUCCAAUAGCCUUUUUUUUUUACAGGACACUAAUCAAUGUGAGACAAGACCUGCCAGAGUUUUCCUGCUUCUUGAAAAGUGUGCUUUGAAGUAUACAUUUGGGACCAUGUUGAAGCAAAUUUUUUUCCUAAGGUUUUGUAUGAGUGUGUGAGCGUGUUGAUGUGGAUAAUUCAAGGUAUUUGUACUUCUUGUCUUCAGAGUUUGAUGGAAGGCAUGCCUUUAUACCAUCAAAAAAUGUUUACUCAAGGGGGUAUGGAUUUCAAUGAUGAAAUGUCUACACUUCUGAGUUAUGUUCCCAGGAAUCCUCUCCCCAAAAUGUUUUCUUAGUCUCCGUCCCGUUCAGGCUUUGAACAUAUUUCUGCUCCAUGUCAAAGCCCUGCAUAGGAGUAGAAACAGCGUUUCUAAAGCCUAAAGCGUUUGUUUAUUUCCUGAACAUAGCACACACAUUCCAAUAUACAGGUUUGAAAAUGGUAACAAAAUAACUAUGACAAUACUGUACUGUUAUGAAAAAAAAAGACCAAACAAACAAAUGAUUGCCAAACCUUCCUAUAAUUUGCAUAAGGACCGUGUGUAGACCUCAUGUUUGAAAUCUAGGAUCCUCCGAUCCAUUCUUUUCAUUUCUAGAUGUGUUCCUAGUUACAUGAUCAUUGCUGCUUUUAUUUGGAUUCAUAUGCACGCUAAAUGUAUGAUCAAUGGAAAUAAAAGUUGUUUAUUUAUCAUUUAUCAAAA